AUGUGGGCAAUCGAUGUCCACGAUUUUGCCCAGAGGUUGAUCACAUAUCAGGAGGCGCUGGAGGCGAACUCGACAAGAGCUUGGAGAGAUUCUCGUUUCUCAUGCCUGGCGUUUGGCCGGUUGUGGGAUAGAACGAGGACAGAUUCAAACGAGGCUCUCAGAUGUUGGGGGAAAUGGAAGGAGGCUAGCGCACUGAAGCGACAUCGUGGGGGACAGGAGAGUGUAGGGCUUCGUUCUUGGUAUUAUUCUUUGGAAUCGUUUUAUGGUUUAUCCUGGUGGGAGUUCUUUGUUGGAAGCUUUGAACAUUUCAUGGGUUUCGCUGAACGCGUUUGUUCUAGUAGUAUGGUGAAGUAUUUCCAGAAGAAAUGCAAAGGCUUGGCGUCCUCAGGGGUGCCUGUGUUCUUGAAUAUGGAUGAGGAUGGAGGGUUCAUAUUGGUCAAGAUCGGGAGGAUACACCAGCAUAUAGGGAUCGACUUAGCAAACGUAUCGCGCUGCAUAACAUGCGUUGCACGCAGUGGGACCUCGAAACGGAUGGGAUACCACUGGACAUCCAGGGGGACUCAUUGCUAG